AUGGCAGAGACACGGCUGCUAUCUCCGCUACACUGCUGGCUGAGGUCGCCGCUGAGCCUCGUCGCUCGUCCCGGCUCGAGGCGGCUGUUGCACUACAGCGCUCCACGCCGUGCGGACCAGGCGGCCAGACCACCACCACCACCGCUGCCGCCGCCGUACAAGAUCCUCUUUUGCGGCACCGAUACCUUUGCGUGCGCAUCGCUCCAGGCCCUCAUCGACCGGCCAGACCUCUGCGACCACCUCCAUGUCCUCACCCCGCCGGAUACCAAGCAGGGCUGGGGUGCCAAGCGCAUGAAGAUCGCCCCCAUCAAGCAGCUCGCGUUGCAUCAUGGCCUUCCCCACGACCACGUACCACCGAGCGGCCUGGACGACUACCAGCUGCCCGCCAUCCUCCGCUCACCGGCCUCGAUACUGCUCACCUGCUCCUUUGGCCACCUCAUACCCACCUCGCUCCUCGCCUCGUUCCCCUCGCCCUCGCAACGGCUCAACCUGCACCCUUCGCUCCUCCCUAAGCUACGCGGAGCCGCACCGCUGCAGUGGACCAUCGCCCGUCGGCUCGACGAGGGCGGGGUGACGGUACAGACGCUCCAGGACGGUCGCUUCGACGCGGGCCGGAUCCUCGGGCAGCAGCGCCUCCCCAUCCCGGGCGACGCCACGUACCUCGACCUGGAAAAGACGAUGGCGCAGCGCGGAGCCGAGCUGCUCGUCGACGUCCUCUCUGACCUCCCCGGUGCGGAGCGACGCGGUUGGGACCAGGACGAGGCCGAGGUGUCGUUUGCGUUCAAGGUCAAGAGGUCCAACCUCGAGGUGCGCUGGGAAAAGUGGUCGGCCAGGGACAUCGAGGCUAGGUUGAGGGGGUUCGGAUAUCUCUACCCACUCUCAACCACCCUACACCCCGCGACACCCACGUUUCCACCACUCCGAACCCUCUUCGAGAGCUGCAGCGUCCUUCCCUCCUCCGACCUUGGCGCGCGAGACCCGCACGUCUUCUCCCUCCUCUCCACCUCACCGCCCGGUACAGCGACCUACUCUUCGGUCCUCAACUCCCUCGUCAUCACAACAACAAAGGACGCACAGACACCGUCGUCGUCGGGCGGCAACGAGUUCCUCCUCGUCGAUCGCAUAAAGGCGCAGGGAAAAAAGACCAAAGACGCUCUCGAGUGGUGGAGAGGUUUCCGGGAUCGCGCAGACGACCAGGGGCUCGUCAGCUUCCGCUUCGACGGUAUCGCCCACGCCGAGGGUAGGAAGUGA